CAAAGUAGUAAGCAAAUAUCUUCUUGACUUGAAAUAAUAUAUGUAUGAAUGUGUAAGUAAAUUGUUAUAUACGAAACGUGAUAGAUAUUUAGAAAUUUUAACAACGUUUGUAACAGAAAUACUAGAAAGACGUGUUAUUGGUCAUCACGAACAAAACUGUAUUUAAGUAAAAAUUAUUAUAGUCGUAAAUUAUUUGUAGAUGUAUUUGAAGCAAAUGUAUAUACAAAAUAACUUAUUAUUUAUAUUAUAAAUGAUGUGUAAUUUAUGCUAUAAAUAAUAAAUGAUAACAAUCAAAACGAUGUAAUAACAGUUUUGUCAAGGGAGAGAUUCUAUUUUAUCUUCAAUAACAAAAAGUUAUUAUUUAUCUGACAAAAAUUGACAUUUUCAUUGUACUUUAAUCAUAUGUGACGACAUUACUUUAAAAAAAUGACUACGAAAAUUGACAAUGUAGAUGAUAACUUACCACUUCCCUCUGAAAAGAUGCCUAAAUGUUGGAAUGAAGAAGAAAGGAUCAGUGCUUUAUUUUCUCCUUUUCGCAGUAAAUCAGCUAAUCCACAAGAUUGGAUAUCAAAAUAUAAAUUUUGGCAGAAUUUAAUAUAUGAAUGGUUGAAGCAUACCAAGAGAAUCAGUUUUUCUAUUACAGACUUAAAUAGUGCUUUUAAAAGAAAAGGUUGCACACCACUUUGUUUAGCAACUGUCGUUGAAGAAUUGCUACGGACUAAUGAAAUAAUUCCAGAAAUUGAAUUUUUGAAAGAACCUUGUGAAUCGUGGACUGCAUGGUCGAUUGAUAUAUUUAUAAAAAAACCACUUGCAUGGUCAUUUUCAAAAGUUAAAAGUUACGUUGGUAAUAAUGAAAACAAAGAAACUAAGUAUAUACAUCUACAAAUUGUCAAAGAAUUUGGAGAUAUUUUACUUUCCAUCUUGGAACAAAAAAGAGAACAUAUUCUUGUACCAUUUUCUGAACUGGCAAAAAGUUGUAAAUCUGAAAUAGAUAAAAAUAUAUCAGAUAAUACCAUAAUGUUAAUUUUAAUAUGGUUAAGACAUCAAAAAAAAGUAGUUUUUAGAAGUAGUGAAAAUGAAAGUGAAUUAUUGAUUAAAAUUGUUAUGCAUUCAUCAGACAGUAUAACAGAAAUUGAAGAAGGCCUGUAUAAGUUGAUGAAACAAGAAAAUGAACUUAUAAAAGAAAUAGAACUUAUGGAGAAAGAAAAAAUUAAUGUUAUUAAUGAAACUAAAUCAUAUUUAAGUAAGGGAUUGCGACAAGUAGCAAAAACAUAUCUGAAGAAAAAGAAAGAAUUAGAAAAUACUAUUGAAAAACGAGCUCAAUCUCUUGACAAUAUUCAAAGUCUUAUUACAAGUAUUCAAAAUACUCAUACAAAUACUACUGUGCUAUCGGCUUACAAAACAGGAUCAAAUGUAUUAAAAAAACUUAACAAAAGUUAUUUAUCAGAAUCCAAUGUUACAGAUGUUGUAGAUGAUUUACUAGAAGCUCUAGAAGAACAAAAAGAAGUACAAUUUACAUUGUCAGAAUCUCUUAAAAAUGAUGAUUCAAACGCUGAUUUAGAGGCGGAAUUGACAGAAUUAAUGAAAUCUGACGAAAAUAUUUUGCCUUCAGUACCAAAUUCCGAAUUAAGCCCUACCAUCGAUGAACUUCAAAAAGAAUUAAAAAACUUAUGUGUUGAAGAAGCUUUAUCUGAUGUACCAUCUGAAUUACCAAAAAAGGUCAACAACAAAAAGAUAUCGAAACAAUCUGAAUGUCUGUAGCAAUUAUAGCAUUUACAUGUGUAUAUACAGUGGGGUGCAAAAUUGAGUCAAUAAUUUUUAAGAAAAAUAUUUUUGAUUGUUAAAUAAAGUAUAAAAACAUGAAAAUAAACUUGACUAUCUGAUUCUUUAUAGUUUUAGGACACUGAAGCUAUUGUUUAACUUUUAAGAUAGGUUUCUUUCUGGCUGAAAAAAUUAAAAAACAUAGAAUCAAUUUUGCACCAGAAUUUUUUCAUAGUCAGAUUUACGAGCUUUAUCAUACCUUAAUAUUUUGUCCAUAAGCCAUUUGCUUAGAUAAUAGCUCGGGUAAGUAGCUCGCUUUUCGCUAUAUGUUUCGCGUCCAGAUCAUGUAAUUAGCUGACUACUCAAGCAUUUUCAAUCUUAGCUUGGCCCCAUCAAGAAUCUAUGGAAUAUAUUGAAAAAAAAUUCUAGAUACAUACAAAUCUCCUCCUAACUCAGUACUGGAACUUACAUGCUCGUGUUAUAGAAUAGUGGAAUUAACAGUGGCCACCUGAUUUCUGCUAAGACUGUUUGAAAGUAUGCCAAGACGUAUUAGAGCUAUUAUCUAAGCAAAUGGCUUAUGGACAAAAUAUUAAGGUAUGAUAAAGCUUGUAAAUCUGACUAUGAAAAAAUUUUGGUGCAAAAUUGAUUCU